AUGAGUGUCCCGCGCGCAAGACUGCUGGAGCUGCUGAAGGCCCAGUGCAGAGUCUUCAACAUGACCUACAAUCCCGAGGGCAUCCGCACGGGCAACAAGGUCCUGCGCCAGAGACUUCGUGGCCCUGCCCUGGCCUCCUACUACCCACGAAAGGCCGUCACCAUCCGUGAUCUCCAACGCGAAUUCGGCCCCGACUUGGAGGCAUUCGACGAGUGGGACGAAGAUCGCCUGGAAGGUCUCGCUAAUCUCCGUGCCCGUGGCAAGGGCAACGCAAAGAAGAAGGCUGCCGGUAAGUUCUCCAGGAAGUAG